AUGAAUGAAAUCUGCAGAUUUUGUUUGAAUAAAGAAACUAGCCAAAGUAUGAGCGAAUUAACAAAAAAUAGUCGAUUGGCCCAAAUUUUAUAUAAAUAUUUUUUAUUAGAGGUGUCGCUAAACAGUGAUUUGCCGAAACAAGUAUGCACUGAUUGUACCAUUAAAAUUAAUGACUUUGCAUCAUUUAGAGAAAAAAUUAUUGAGAAUGAAAAGGUUUUACUUUUGAAAGCAGCGAGAUUUAAAAAACAGGAAAGUCAUUUAAAUGAAACCUGUGAUAUACCUAUAAGUGAUAAUGAAAAUUUGCCAUCUGAUAGUAAUGAAUAUGUAUGUGUAAAUAUUAGUUUGGCAGAAGAAAACUCCAAGGAUAUUAUCAAAGCAGAAAAAACAAAUGAUACCAUAGUAAAAAUAGAAUCAAAUGAUAAAGUUAAAGAUUUUCAACCAAAUCUAUGUUUAAUGUGUUUUAAAUCUUUUUCAACAAGAAAUAAGCUCUUUAAACAUUAUUUAGAAAAGAAACCAGAUAUCAAAUUGGAAAUAGAAAGUGGAAUUAUUGAUGCACAAUUUAAAGGCAAUCAAGAGCAAAGGUGUUCCGAACAUACUGUGUCAUUUGUAUGUAAAAUAUGUGGUAAAUUGUUCAAUGAUGCAUAUGGCAUUUUGAAUCAUGGCAAAUCACAUAGUACUGACAAAUUUAUUUGCUCAUUUAAAUGUGGAUACAGCAGUGGGUAUAGUCAUGUACUUAAAAAUCAUGAGAAAACACACACAAAAGAAUAUAAGUAUACAUGUGUGGACUGUGGAAAAGGCUUUCAUGUAAAAACAUGGUAUGACCAACAUCAAAACAUACAUAAGGGCAUUAAGGAUUAUGUAUGCAAUGUCUGCGGAGCUAGCUUUCAUAUGGAUCGAUAUUUAACAUCUCACAAAAUAUCUCUUCAUCCAGAAGUGUGUACAAAGAAGCGUUAUGUAUGUAUGUAUUGUUCUGUGGAAUUUGGAUCAAAGGGAAAAUUUAAUAUACAUUUACAGGAUCACGGUAUUAAAAAUGAGUUCUUGUGCGAUCAAUGUGGUAAAGUUAUGAAAGAUAAGAAGCGGUUGACUGCUCAUAGGCUUCAGCAUUCUACAGAAAGACCAUUUGUUUGUGGGAAAUGCGAUAAAACUUUUGCAAAGAAAUAUAAUUGGAAAAUUCACUUACGCAGUCAUGGAAAUGAUUUAAAUGAUAAAUUUGAAUGCAACAUUUGCAUGAAGACAUUUACGCAACGAAGUGCUCUAAAUAGACACAAAAGAAGCAAACAUAACAAACAGCAGAUACCAGAAGCACCCAAGACCGAAGACUGA